AUGUUGGAGGGUCAUUACAGUCAACAAAUAAUAGACACACUCACGAAACCCACACUGACCGUGGCCGAAAUCGAUAAAUUCACGAAGGAUUAUAUUCAAGGAUGUAUUGAUGGAAACAUAAAAGAGAAGGGUUAUUUACGUCAAUCAGCUUAUGGUGUUUCAAAAGCUGCGAUGGUUGCAUUAUCAUUGGUUCAGUCACGUCAGCUCAAGUCAAGAAAUAUCAUCGUCAACGGGUGUUGUCCAGGAUAUGUUGAUACGGAUAUGACAAGUCAUAAAGGUCCGUUAACGAUUGAACAGGGUGCUGAUACACCCAUAUAUUUAGCUACGCUUGAGGGUGAUGAGCCGAAUGGUUGCAUGGUUUACCAACGGAAACCACUCAACUGGGCCGGUGGCAAAUCAAUCUUUUGA